GGCGCACACCUCAAUUGCCAAACCCUCACAAUGACGACCCUCCUGUCAAGAAGUACAUGUACUAGACUAGUACCUGUAGUAGCUAGCAAAGUAGCAAACCAUGACGACCCCUUCAUCCACCUACCGACCCCGUAUCCUGUACCUGAGCUUAUUCAGUUGGAUGAGCGUUUCGGGAGGACGUUUCCUCGCUCCUUUUCUCAAAGAAGAAGCCGAGCUCUCAGAUUCUUGGAUUGGGACUACAUUUGCUUGUCAAUAUGCCAUUCUGAGUCUGUUAGCACCUUGGUUUGGUCAUUGGGCGGAUCAGCGGGAAAAGCGAUACCCCCACAAAGGACGAGCUCAAAUUUUGAUGGCUACAGUAACGAUCGGCACAUUAUCCUUUUCACUUCAUGGGCUGCAUUACGUGGUACCGUUACCAGUAUUUCAUUCACUGCCCUUUCACAUUUUGGCACAAUGCGGUUAUGCCACAGCCUUUGCCAGCCUGUUUCCCAUUUUGGAUGGCAUGACGGUCGAUUAUCUCGACCGGUUGGAGGGAAGCUCAUCUUCCGAUUACGGCGCAGAGCGACUCUAUGGAGCCGUUAGCUGGGGUGUGGCCAAUCUGCUCUUCGGGGUUCUCUUGGACAAAUUCGGCAUGUUCAUUUACUUUCCCUGUGCCUGGGCUGCGGCCCUUUACAGUAUCGUGUCAAUCAUGUUGUUCUCUUCUUCUUCUGCAGCGGCAGCAGCCGCAGUGAAGAACGAUUCCGAAAGCAACAAUCAUCCGAGUGAAGCAACCGCGCUGUUGGAAGCUGCAACAACUAACGGACAUCAAAAUCAUCAUCAACAACCAAACGACAACACUACGGAUCAAAAAGAAGAUACUCCUUCCACGUUGGCUUUGAUGGGCAUUAUCUUUGGAUCGGUAUAUGGAACAUUCUUUCUGUUUUGCUACUUCGUCUUGAACACGGGAUUCUCGGUGGUGGAGAAUCUGGUCUUUUUAUUCUUUGAAUUCUUGGGAGCCAGUCAUACCCUCGAAGGUAUCACGGUCGCUUUGACAGUCGUUUUCGAAAUCCCCGUCUUUUCCUUGGCACCCGUCUUACUGAAAAGACACGGUGUUGGGCUUUUCCUUGUCAUGGCAAACGUGGCCUAUCUCAUUCGGGUGAUUGGCUAUACACUGAUCCCUCAAGGACAUUCCUGGCUAGUGUUCUUGGUAGAGCCGCUCCAUGGAUUCACAUACGCGGGCGCUCAAGCUUCUGCCGUGGAGUUUGUCAAUCAGCACGUCCCGCGGGGAAGUGAAGCAAGUGGGCAAGGAAUUGUGAACUUUGUGCGGGGAUUGGCCAGUGUCUUGGGGUUGAUCUCGGGGGGAUGGCUGCAAGAACACUGCGGUCCUCGUUUCAUGUACCGUGUCUUUAUUGUUUGUGUGGCGGUGGGGACGGCCUCGUUUGUGAGUGUUAGGUGCAUUCCCAGGUACCAGGCAGAGGAGAAUGUACAAAGGGACACACCAGUUGGAGAAGCAGCAACCAAUGUUGAAACUCGACAACACAAGAACGGGGGCGUUGCUCAGGACGAAACGUCCUCUGGUGCAGCCUAGACGCAGUUGCUCCAAUGUUUCCAGAGAGUAUCUCUCUUUUGCACCAUGGGGCUACUUCACUUACUUGACAAGCUACGACCAUAAUACGCUAAAUCACGGCCAGCCAGGGAGCUAGGCUGGACCGCCACGCAACUGAAACCAAACACCUAUAUGCAAUCAACAGCUAGCUAGUAGGUUAGGUUCUGAAGCACAGCAAGAACAUAACCUCAGACUUGAACGCAUCAAGCAAGCCCUACUGCAACGUUCACUACUCAGUAGUGCAGUAAGAAAUACCAGUUGGCUGUCCCGCCUUCCCACCUGCUGUGACCAGGCGCGACCCCUUGCUGCUUAUUGAUUCUUGACCGUCUCGACGCUUGUCGCCCCACUUUUCUACGAGUACUAUAGUGUCGCUGAUGGCUGAUGGAUACGCGUUCAUGUACUUGUAGGGGGCGAGGCUUGCCUGUCCUGGCUUGCCACCGGUUUACGGUAGGAUAAUAAUAUCAUUCGGAAAACCGGUGGCCUCGAUCUGCAAGCUGAACCUUCCUCUACCAAAUACUACGGUUGCAGAUACACUCCUCACUCACACUUAAGAUAAGUGGGUUUAAUUAAGAUACCGAGUACUCGACUUUUCAGAAAUGUUUAGAUAACCCGGACACUCAGAUUUCCCGAACCAGGAAGAUAAGCUACGACUACUGAGGUCUCAAUCCCUAAGCUAAUACUAAUACUAUGUGGGGAAUGAAUGCAGCUAGUACCCAUUAUCUUCCACAUCACCAUCUACAUCCCAGUACUCCAUAUCCGAAUCUUAGGGUGCCUCUCUACCACAACACCUUUGGUUGCAUCAAUUUAGCUUUGCACCUUUGCCUUCUUGAGCUUUGGUGGUGGCUCCUCACUGUCUGAGGGCAUGGUUAGUAGUACCGGUAGGGUAUGCAACAACAGCUGCUAGGGGCAAUAAGAUAUGAAAGAUACUGAGAGUGGGCUGCUUGUAAGAUAAUAACUCAGUGUUGCUGUGGCUGAAUCCGUUACGAUACCUCCAGUACUAGACUAAAAAUUGACUUAUCUUAUUGAUGAGGUAGGAGUGUACAGUACCGCAGUUCCACUCAAAACAAGAGCAAAAGACUAAAAGACCUGCAGAGUCCCAACGCGUGGGCAGAGAUUUUCAGGGGCAGUAUCUUUGGCUGGGUAGUUUCUGAGGGACUAGCCGGAGAAAUGUGGGCGGUAUAUUAUCCUGGGUUCGGCUUGCUCUCUUAACUGUUAACUGACGCGGUUGCAAUUUGAUUAUGCUUCAACAUGUUUACCGG